AAAGAAUUUAGUUGGUAAAAACCGUAGCUGUGGAGAAGUGGAAAAGUUUAGAUAAACUCACAGUUUUCGUAGAAGAGAAACAGAGACGCGCAAAAUGUGGAAAGCAAGUUUCGCAGUAUUAUUAGUCUUAUUAGCAGCACGACAAAUCAAUGGCGAUUGUAAUGUCUGCAAUACAAAUAAUGGCGCUGCCUGUACAUCGAAUACCACCUUUCAACUAUGCUUUAACGGUGUCGCUCAAGGCGUAAAUUACUCCUGUCCCAAUGCCGGCGAUGUCUGCACGAAUUUAGGACAAAUCUGCUUAGAUCCCGAAAGCAACACUGCCGUAGAAGCCGAUUGUGGCAAUACCGAGCAAUGUGGUCGCUGUACCGAUGUUACCAACUACGCUUACGCUUGCACCAGUCACACCACGUUCGUCAUGUGCUCCGGUAAUUUGCCGACGAACGUAACCAGCACUUGUCCGCAAGGUUUUGUUUGCCUUACGAGCAGAGCGAAUGCUGGCGUUAGUCCGUGUGUGAAUCAAUGUUUAAAGGAUGUGAAAGAUAUGUGCGAUAUCGAAGCGGCUGAUAGUAGUGUUACCGAUUCAACUACAAUAACAACGGUUACAACAGCCAGCACAGCGACGACAGUCACAGACAGUUCGAGUGCAAGCACUGGCACGACUCUGAGCCCAGAGGAUGCAGUGUGUGCGGGUACUACACUGGUGGGACGUUAUCCAUAUCCGAAUGAUACGGUGUGUCGGACCUAUGUUUAUUGUUCCAUUAAUUUAUCGACUGGUGUUUUAUAUGGACGUCCGUUAUCUUGUCCGGGCGUCACAUACUUCAAUCCAAGCAUAAACAGGUGUCAAGCCGCAGUGCCUACUGGUUGUGUUGCGUAAAUUUGUGUUGUGUAUUUAGAAAAAUUAGUUUAUGAGUGUUGCUCAGAUUGAUUUGUGUUGGUUUGAAAUAAAAAAAUAGAAUUAA